GAGCCCGACGCGGCUGAUCACGACUCAGUGCUACUCAAAUCUUUUAAUCACAACGAUGUGGACUCGGAAACUCUUAACUUUUCUGGUGACAAUAUCCACAUUACAUGCAACAAUCCAAGCCGCCUCCUUAGGCCAGGAAUGUGGGAUAUUCAAUGAAAAGCAGUACAAGAGUGACAAUAUUAUUGCGGAGCCUACCGAACAUCCGUGGGUUGGACGGGUCGUAAAAUUAAACGAGGAUGGCACCAAUGAAUUGCUCUGCGUUGGCAUCCUUAUAGAUUACAGACGCGUUGUGACUGCAGCUCAUUGUGCUUCAGAUGAUAACAUUUAUGGUGUUGUUUUCGGGAACUCGGACUCAAGCAACUCACUCAAUCACGUCAGCGCGGUCACCGUUCAUCCAGAUUACUCACCCCGGAAAUUUGAAAACGACUUGGCCAUAAUAGAGCUGACCCAGGAUGUGAUGUUUUCAGAUUUGGUCCAACCCAUUUGCUUACCUUCAGCAGAGGAUCCUAGAAGUGAAGCCUCCAAUUCAAAACUAAUCGUCGCGGGAAUUGAGGGACAGACACUAAAUGGAAGAAAGAUGCUGGAUAAUCGCAUUAAAAUGGUAUACACCAAAAUUGACAGCAAGGAGUGCCAUAGGAAGCAUGCCGCUUUUCCGGAGGAGCUCAUCUGUGGCCACUCCGAUAGGAUUGCUCUUUCAGGAUCUGCUUUGACAGAGGCUUCUGGUACUCCACGCAAGUUUCAUCUAAUUGCAAUUGCGGUGGCUGGUGAUUCAGUUUACCAUGGAUACUUAAACAUUCGACCUUAUUUAGAUUGGAUCUCAAGAAAUUCCUUAAAGUAAAUAUGUAAUGUAUAGUAAAUUCUCUAAUGCUAUAUCUAAAAUACCAUACUGUUUUACAUCCAACUGCAAAAGCUCCUGAAGCUUUUCGAAUGUAUUAUUUCUAAAGCACAUCAACGAAUAAUAAAUUGGCUAACCACCGUAAA